UGCAUGCACCACUUUCACUAAAUACUUCUCUUGGCAUAUCUAUUUUUCCCUCUCUAUUGCUACACAAAACCAAGGCAUAUCAUCAUACAUCAUCAGUUGAGAUGAAAAAUAUUGGAUUUCUUGCGGUGGUGGUAGCUACGUUUGUGGUGGCAGCCACCGCUGGUAGCUUCUUCCAAGACUUUGAGUUAACAUGGGGUGGUGGUCGUGCCAAAAUCCUUGAAAAUGGAAACCUCCUUACUCUCUCCCUAGACAAGGCUUCUGGCUCUGGCUUUCGUUCCAAAAACGAGUACUUGUUUGGAAAAAUUGACAUGCAGCUCAAACUAGUGCCUGGAAACUCAGCUGGCACUGUCACAGCCUAUUAUCUGUCUUCUCUGGGACCUACUCAUGAUGAAAUAGACUUCGAAUUUUUGGGCAACUUGAGUGGUGAUCCUUACACUCUUCACACCAACGUAUUCAGCCAAGGAAAAGGGAAUAGAGAACAACAGUUUCAUCUAUGGUUUGACCCCACCAAGGACUUCCACACAUACUCCGUCCAAUGGAAUCCUGCAAGCAUCAUAUUUUCUGUGGAUGGAACACCAAUAAGGGAGUUCAAGAAUUUGGAGACAAAGGGUGUUCCAUUCCCCAAGAACCAACCUAUGAGAAUAUACUCUAGCUUAUGGGAUGCUGAGGAUUGGGCCACGAGAGGUGGGCUUGUGAAAACGGACUGGAGCCAGGCCCCAUUCACGGCCUCAUACAGAAACUUCAAUGCAGAAGCUUGUGUUCGGUCUUCUUCAGGUUCUUCUUCAUGUUCUUCCUCCUCUGGCCAGUCACUGGAUGCCACGGGGCAAGCCAAGCUUCGUUUGGUGCAAAAGAACUACAUGAUUUACAACUACUGCACUGAUAUCAGACGUUUUCCACAAGGGCUCCCUCCAGAAUGUUCCUUUGCAUGAGGAUCAACAUGAACAUCGUCGGAAUCAACCAACCAAAGUUGCAUAUAUUAUACUUUAGAAAUUGUCCCAAUAUACGUAAAUGCAUGUUUUGUUAAUUCCUUUUCUUGUAUGAAUUUGUUGAGCUAAAACUAUGAUUGUUGAUCUGUGCUUUGUUGAGCACCGACAGAUAAAUUGUGUGCUAAAUCAUAUUCAUGGCACUGUGUAAUGUGCUGCAAUUGUAAACUAUGCCAAUUAAUAAAUUUGUCUCAGAGGGUUAAAAAGUUCAUGCAA